CUCCUAUCCUAUACGUCACGCGUCAGUAGUGUGAGUGUGCUUUGCAGAGAAGAUCAAAGCAAAGAGGUGGUGGAAGAACUGUUUGCUUUGACAAGAGUUUCAGCUAAACAUUUGUUAUAAAAUCCAUAAAUUUGGUGCUAUACGUUGAUAAAUAAAGUUAUUAGGUCAGUUUACUAAGUUACUGUUCUGUUGCUUCCAGUAUUCCAGAAAAACUAUGGUAUUUUUAGGGUUUUUUUCCAAGUUGUUUUGUGAUAUUUUCGUUUACUAACAGUGGCCUUAGUAAUACAAUCCAAGGCAAAAUUUCUGUGUAUUCAGCAUUUAUUUUUCAACCCUUUCGAUUACUCCUAAUUUAUAGAGCAGUGGAUUGAUAUUUAUGAACAAUAUAUAGAAUUUUCACAGAGUUCAAAAUAGUGAUUGGGUUAUUCUACUCACAAUGGUGGACUGAUAAUCUAUCGGUUUUGAAUGUGAACAAUUAAUUAUCUACACAAAAUAAGGACUUCUAACUAUAGGAGUGGAUGGAAUUGGACUAUUAAAAAUGCAACUGCGUUGAAAUAAGGACGAAUACAUAUUGACCAGUGUAAUGGAGCCAUCAGUAUUAAAAAGACUAGGAGAUGUUACGAUUCAGAGGCUUGAAAAGCCUAAAGUGGAACCACCACCAAGCAAUCCUGCACAAGUGGAAACUUUGAAAGGGAAAGAUGAAAGUCAUGAGCAUUCUGAUGAAUUUUACCCUUCAGAUGAAGAAAGUGGCGAAGAAUAUGAGGAUCCUGAAGAACAAAGCUAUGAAUUGCCAGUUUCAAAAGCAGUUCCCCAGCAACCUGUUUCAUCCCAGGAUCUAAAAAGGGCAUUUCCCAGUUCCCUGAAUGUUGGCGCCAAAACUUCUCCUAAGAAAUUCAAACAAGGACCGAUAGAGAAAACAACAAUACCCACAACUCUCACAAAAAACUUUGAACUUGAAAAUUUUAGUGACGAUGAAAUGUCUUAUUACGAUUCUGAAUUGGAAUCUGAAGGGGAAUUGCAAGAACUUGGGGGAGACCUUGGAUUAAACAUGGGAAUUAAUGAUGGAGUUAAAAAUGAGGGAGCCAAACAGUCAGGAAAUACUACGAAUAAUCAAUCCACUACCAAUCAAUUAUUCACUAGUCCUCAGUUAUUGUCAGGGCUUUCCAGUGAUAAUGUAGGUGUUACGGGACAUCCUUCAACAUCAUCAAAAGAUGAGGAUGAAGAUACUAAUGGAGAUGGGGCGUCAUUUUUUGAGAAACUGGUGGAGCAAGCGGAAGUUCCCACGCCAACACCUUCCAUGAAGAAUGAGAGUACAGAUGAGGACUACGAGAUUGACAUCAAGGAAAAGCUUAAAGAAAUGGGAGAAAUCACAUUUGCCUCAGUGAAAAAAGGAGAUAAGUCAAAAAAUAGCGAGUCGGGAACCGAAAAUGAAGUGAUUAUAACAAAAAAAUCAGGAGAAGAAGUUACUGUCGUGAGUAAGGGAAACUUGCGUAGAAACAUCAGGGAAGUAAUGGACGAGACAAAAUUGGACGAAACAACUUUGGCGGCUCAAAGACAAGAAGCUGAAAGAUUGAAGAGAGUCCAAGAACAGCAGAGAAUAUUGAGAGAAUAUCAGAGGCAAGCCCAGCAAGAGAGAAUGCAGCAAAAAGUCAUGUCUCUUCUGCAAGGAAAUGAUUAUUCUAAACCAGGACCAUCAAACCAAACCAGAAUAGGAAACACAGUUCUUGUUAAAUUGCCUAGUGGGCAAACUAAACCUGUUACUAAAGUGCAAAGACCACCACCAUUUGCUGAUAUGCUUAGGAUGCCAAAACCAGAAUCUCCCCACAUCCGGCAUCCAUAUCAUGGUCAUCCAGCGAUGGGGCCAAUGGGCCCCAUGGGUCCUCUUCUUGUGGGUCCUAGGGGCUAUCCAAGGGAUAUUCGGGCGCCAUUCAAUAGAAGAGGGCCUGGUGUGAAUCUCCCAGCAUCUCUUAGUAUUGGUCCAAAAUCUAAAAAACGUCCUCCAAUGAUACCGCCUAAACAGCAUAGUGAUAGUGAUAGUGAAAAUGAGGACAAAAAACGGUUAAUGCAGCAUAGCAAAAUGCCAAUGCCCAGAGCAAGAAAAGGAAAAUCAUCUGAGAAUCAAACAAUUGAAGUUUCAUCUGACGAUGACUGUAUAGUAGUAUCAGAGUCUGAUCAGGACGAUGACGAAGAGGAAAGCGACGACCCAGGAAACUCUGGAUUGCACACCAAUGAUGAAUUCAAUCAACCAGACGAACAGGGGCGAGUUUUAGUUAACGUGGGACACCGUCAAGACGAACCAGACGUAUUUGUAGCUCCACAAAUUGCAAGAAUUAUAAAACCGCAUCAGAUUGGCGGCGUUCGAUUUCUAUAUGAUAAUCUUAUUGAAACUAUUAACAGGUUUGAUGUAUCCUCAGGUUUUGGAUGUAUUCUCGCUCACUCGAUGGGUUUGGGAAAAACACUCCAAAUUGUCACUUUCUCCGAUGUUUUUUUGCGACAUACUCCUAGCAAAACUAUUCUGUGUAUUAUGCCGAUCAACACUUUGCAGAAUUGGAUGGCGGAGUAUAACAUGUGGAUGCCUACAACAGAGAAUGCGGCAAAAAGUCCAUUGAGUUCCCACGGCGAAGUACGGUCUCGGAAUUUCAACUUGCAUGUCCUAAAUGAUGGACAUAAGACACUAGUAGCACGGCAGAGAGUAAUUCACGCUUGGAAAUCUCUUGGAGGAGUCCUUUUAAUCGGAUAUGAACAGUUUCGAUUGUUGAGCAUGAAAAAAAACUCAAAACCAAAGAGGAAGAGUAUGGCGGCUCCAGAGUCGCCUGAGGAUAUCAAGAAUAAACCGAUUUUUGAUGAAAUUCAUGCUGCUUUAGUUGAUCCAGGGCCAGAUUUAAUAAUUUGCGAUGAGGGACAUCGUAUUAAGAAUUCGCAUGCCUCAAUAUCGGCUGCUCUUAAGCAAGUGAGAACUAAAAGACGUGUAGUACUUACAGGGUAUCCCUUGCAAAAUAAUUUAACUGAGUAUUGGUGCAUGGUGGACUUUGUGAGACCCAAUUAUUUAGGAUCCAAAACCGAAUUUUUGAAUAUGUUUGAACGUCCAAUCAUGAACGGCCAAUGUAUCGAUUCUACAGAAGCUGAUAUUAAGCUAAUGCGCUACAGGGCGCAUGUUUUACAUUCACUACUUGCUGGGUUUGUACAAAGACGGUCUCAUAGAGUUUUACAAACUGUUCUACCUCAAAAGGAGGAGUAUGUUUUAUUGGUAAGAUUAACCCCCUUCCAAAGACAACUAUACGACAGGUUCAUGAAUGAAGUUGUCAGAAAGCAAGCCGUACCAAAUCCAUUGAAAGCAUUUGCGGUUUGUUGUAAAAUAUGGAACCAUCCUGACGUUCUUUAUAAUUUUUUGGUAAAAAAAGCAAGAGGAGAUGCGAUUGAUCUCGAUUUGGAGGAAGUGGCCGGUACAGAGUAUCUCAACCAACUGAAACUAAAGGAAAACGCGGUCCCAAACCAAAAAAAACCGCCAGCUAAGCCCCCUAAAGGCAAACCUGCCGCAUCGGUAACACCUUAUAACAGUAAUACUGAAGCUUCUACUAGCUCCAUGCAGCCUCCACCUUUAACUGGUCAUGGUUUGCCUAGUUCACAAACUGGAACUACACAAUCUCAGUUUGCAAAUACAAAAACUAGCGAUACAACUAAUUAUGGGCCUUAUACUGAUGAAUUUAAUCAACCAAGAACUUCUUUUGAAGGAAUUUCUCAGUUUUUCGAUGAUCAUGUGUCACAGUCGUCAUAUGAUACGCCUUUUGAUGAAAACGCGCAAUUUACAUCGUUUUCAAGCCCAAAUAGUAGUUUUCCACAAAAUCAUAAUAUAAAUAGUUCAAAUAGUAAUUUCCAACAGCCAAUGCCAACAAAUCAGAAUGCAAAAACUGGUUGCUUGCUCAGUGAUAUUCAGUCAACAACAUCUAACAGUCAGCAGCCACCCUCGAAUCAACAAACAAGUCUUUUCAAUUUGGACAGUCAAAAUACUGUUACUGUUACAAAUACGCAGAAAAGCAAUAUUCCCACUAUUCCUAAUUUACCUUCUGGAAUUUCUAUUACACCAUUGAAAAAUCCUUCAAACACAAAUCCACCGCUACAGAAAAUGUCUUCAACAGAGGGGUUGAAUAAUGCACCGAUCAAAAGAGAUGCUGGUAAUAAUCAGUAUGAGCAGAACUCUCAGAUGCGACCAGCAAAUUCUCAAUUUGGAUCUCAGAAUCUGAACAAUUCCAAUAACCAAACGCAACACGGAAGUUUCGGGUAUAAUCAGAAUCUUACUGACCAGAAUAAUUAUUGGGAGACUACUAGAACAGCUGAGCCUAACCCACAAGCUACCCUCAAUUCACCAUCGCCCUUCCAUCCAAAUAUGGCAAACACAAACAACAUGACUGCUUCCCAAAAAAGCGAAUCCAGUAACGAUUCUAAACCAAAAAUAAAUAUUAUAAGCGAUAUUAAAUUACCGCCAGUACGCGGUUUAUUCAAUAUCAUAAGGGAUAUCAAAUCAGAGCCCAAAAAGGAGGAGGACGAUAAAUAUGGUGUAAAGCGAGAAUUGGAAAAAAUUAAAACUGAACUCAAACCUGAGUUGAAGAAUGAAGACGAACAAAAACCUCCAGCAAUUGAAUCGCCUUUGAUGAAGUUGGCUGCGUUAGCACCACUAAAAGAUUCUAAAGAAGAUGUUGGGAUACCUUAUGAUUGGGAAAGUUUAGGAUUAGGCGAUCGAUUGUUGGUUUUCAGUCAAUCCUUAAUAACGUUAGAUUUAAUCGAACAGUUCCUACAGAUGAGCGAAAUACCUGGAGACACAUGCAAAUGGGCCAAGAACACCAGUUAUUAUAGACUGGAUGGUUCUACAGGCGCGCAAGAACGAGAAAAACUGAUAAAUGAGUUCAACUCAAAUCCUAAAAUUCAUUUGUUCUUAGUCUCGACCCGGGCGGGUUCUUUAGGUAUGUCGGAUCGUGUUGUGGACGAAUGCAAUCCGGACGCCCAUUUGACAAUCAAAGAUGUCAGCACUCUCUGCUUUGAUGAUAAAAAAGAAGAGGCAGAUAUAAAGGACUGGUCUUGUUGUAAAGAAAAUUAUAUUGAUGUGGUUUUACAAAAAGUCUUGGACUUACAUGGCACCACGCUUACCAAGGAACCGUUUCAGCAUGAAUCUCUGUUAGUUGAUAGAAAAGAAAAGCAACUUUCGCAACAGGAAAAGCGCCUGGCUAAAAAAGGUUAUGAGAGAGAAAAAAAUGCGACCAGGCAACCAUCUUAUUUGAGCGGUGUUGGCAGAGGUCAUCGUCCAGUCGCUUCAGUAAGACCAAUGCAACAAGGGGGCGAAAGACCAUCAAGAUGGAUACCAGCUGAGCACUGGCAACGUCAAGGUAUGACUGCGCAAGAGAUGAAUUUACCUCUAGAUGUAGUCAUACCAACUAAUCAACCUGAAAAGGGCAAUAUAGUCUUAAAAGCUGGUCAAAAAGUGCUAGUAUUAAAAUCGCCCAAAGGUGUUUACAUGCAACUAGAAAAUGGUAGAAUUGUUGCUAUAAAAACUGCCAUGAAAGUCAAAGGGAAGGCUGAAGAUAACUCUGGCGGUGAUCUGAUGAAGUUGGCCAACAAACUUCCCCUAUCAGCAUCUCAAGGGAAAAUUAAUUCUGCGGUAUCAGUAACACCUCAAAAGAGACCGCAAAAAUCACCCCAAAUGCCCUUUAUUCCUGGAACGAUGAAAUGUAGUGUUAAAUCUGUGCAAAAGCCAGAUCCUAAGUUACUUGCAAAAAAUCAAAGUCACAAUAAACAGCAUCAGAAAAUGGGAAAAUGGAAUCCCGAAAUGAAACCUUUGAAGGAUUCUGAGCCAAUGCCAGGAAGUAGUAGCGAAGACGAACACCCUCCAGCUCCUCCAUCUUUUGAUACCAAUCGUUUACAACCAUCCAUCGACAAUGGCGCCGACGAGUUGGAAAAGAAGAUUUCACAGCUUAAGAAAAAUAUAUCAAUACAAAGGGAAACCCUAGAUAGCAUCACUGCAGGUUUCAAGAAUCCUGAAAAUAUGGAAGAAUUAGAAGAUUCUGAUGAGGAAGAAGAUGAGGAUGACACGCCACCAUCUCAUAUGGAAGAUGAUAUCGAAGAUGAAGAGGCUGAGGGAGUUAUGUCCGAAUCUUCUAGAGAUCCUAAUAAGCAGACUGAAGGUAUUGAAAAUGAAGUUGAGCAGGAGGCUAGCGACCAAAGUGACGAAGUAACUUAUGUGUCUGAACAAACUACAGAACAAUAUCCGAGUCAACCAGGAGCAACCCAAAAAGAUGGUUCUGGAGAUUUCAGUGGUUCUGGCUACAGUUAUAAUUACAACUACAAUGUGGCCUCAUACCAAGGACCUCCACCACCUCAAGGUUAUGGAUACCCUUCCCAGCCCCCACCGUUCGACGGAUACACUGGAACCCAUUACGGACAACCACAACCUCCAUACAAUUAUGCCUAUCAAGCAUAUCCACCACCUCAAGCACAUUAUCCUCCACAACCAGGGUUUGAGUACACUACUCAGCCGCCGCAUUAUCCACCAAAUUAUCCAUAUCAGCAAUAUCCUCCACCACCUCAAGGUAUGUACCCUCCGAUUCCUAACCCUAAUGUUCCUCCUGCGAAUUUCCAAGAAUAUACGCAGUAUCCAAAUCAACAGUCCUCAACAAAUUAUUAUCAGAGUACAUAAAGCUAGUUGUAACAGCAACAAAAACUUAUUUUGGCUAAAACCAAAACAAAGUUGAUAAUAAUUAUCUUUAGAUAUCCGUGGGUUUUUUUCAUUGUGGGAUGAGGACAGCAAAUACAUGUAAGACAUUUUAUUUGACCUUUUUUUUUUUAAAAAAAAAAGGUGGCCCAUCGAAAACGUACCACAAGGCAUUACAGUGUUUGUUCCCCUGACAAACAAAGUUGACGUGCUUUUGGAUUUCGUCAAAAGGAUCUUUCCCAGCCUGUAAUGCCUUGCGGUACGUUUUCGAUAGGCCACUGUGUACAUGCUGUCUUUAUCCCGCCAAAUUUAUCACAAUAUUUGGAAUUGCAUCAAACAUUUAAAAAUACCUUGCUUCAAUUUCUAUUUCCUGGUAUCACAAUAAGACUGUGACCUACGUGCCAUAUAAGACUAAGUGCCGUUUCACACGACCAAUUGCAAAAUUACUCACGAAUAUUUUCAGAAUUGUUUCUGCAAGAACUUCGUAAUUUUUUUUUGUAGAAACCUUGGUUCUGUAUUAUUGGCGAGAAAGAAACAUCCCAAGAAUCAACAUGUAAAGACAGCAUAAUUAUUUUAACAGGUCGAAUAUUUGUUAUUCUUAAGAUCAACAAUUCAAUGAGUGGAAGUUAACUCGGUGUUUUCCAUAAAAUUUUGAGCAGUAGUCUUAUUUUAUAUUCAUAAUGUAUUUCCUUUUUAUUAAUUAUUAUAUCCUUUACGCUCUCCUCUCUGUUUUAUAAUCCCUAAUUCAUUCAUAAACCCACACAAACAAUUUGUACAAACUCCUUAGUUGUGAUAUGUUAUGCUAGUUAUUCACUUUUAGUAUUUAAACUGUUUAAAUUAAACUUGUAUUAAUUGACCUAUUCUCAUCCACAAAAAUUUUUACUACAAAAAUAAAUGUUUGGAAUGUAUUGUACUUAUUCGUUAUUGAAUAGGUACAUACAGAUCCAAACUAAAAUCUGCUACCCUAAAUUUUUCUGUUCACUCUUUGGAAUUCUUUUCGAAAGCUAUUAAGUGCACAAUUUAAUUUGGAUGAAAUUAAUGGUUAGGUGUCCACAUCCAAAUACUAGCUGAUAUCGGAAAUCUGUUGUUGACGAUGCAUUCGUUGAAUGGAUAAAUAGAUUCUAACAACCAAUAGUCAUGAAUGUGGAAACUCCAACCUUACACUUACCACUCAAACUUACGGUACCCGCCGAACGUUUUUUUUUUUUUUCCGUAUAAGCUUGAUGUGUUACUUAUUUAAAUAUUUAAUUAUUAAGAUAAUUAUUUAUAUCUGAAAUACAGCUAUUUGAAUUUUAUAAGUUAAUGGCAGACAUUAAUUUAUUUCUGCAUGUUCAACAAUAGAUAAUUUAAAUUCGGACGUUUAUGUUUAAUUUGAAAUGCAUGUAUUUUUCAAUUAGUCUUUAAAAUCAGAAUAUGUAGCAGCAAAAUUAUGAAUGUAUUGCAAGAUCAAAUGUGGAUGAGGGUAUCUAAACUUAAGCCAAAAUUUAUUCCCUAUGAGAAUUUCACAAUUUUAUUUUCAAUAGCAGCAGGUUUAUUUUAAAUGGUAUGCGGGAAGUAACUUGGUACCUGGCCUAUGACUGUGAUAUUUUCCUUUAAGUCAUUUUUUUUGACAUUUGUGGGUAGGUACGUUACUUUCUGCAAAGUAACAAAAACGGCUGCUACUGACAAAAUAAUUUAGACUUGUAAAUAGAAUUUUUUCACGCCCCUUUUUGUCCUGAAAAUAGUGAUAAUUGCAACAUGGAUAUAAAGUGAUACUUUUUUUGCACACAUGGUGAAACCUUAUCAGUAUGUACUAAGAAGUGUCUUUAGGUCUGUUCUCACAGCAAUCACAAACCAGGCAGAGCGAACUUCAUUGGUUGAGAACAGUCCGGGGAACUAGUUUCAACCAAUGAAAUUCGCUCUGACUGGUUUGUGAUUGCUGUGAGAACAGACCCUUUAUAUUCGAGGUGUCCACAUCAUUUUUUCUAAUACCUUCACAAUAAUUUACACAAAUUAAUUUUUUUUUCGCAUUUUAAAAAAAUUUAAUAUGUAGCAUAAUCAAAGUGAUAUAGAUCUAGAUAUUCCAGAAGAAUAAUUGAAUCUGCAAAAGAAAUUAGCCUAGACCUGCUCCCGGAAAAAUUUGCAAUGCAUAAAAGUUAUAACAUGACCUACUUUUUUGCGCUCUUCAGGAAUUACGUACUUUUGUCACUUUGAUCUUUUGCCUUUGAUAUCAACAAAAAAAAAAUUGUAUUAUAGACGAUGGUAUUAGAAAAAAUAAUUUUUAAUUUUUUUUUUUUUUUAGCCUUUUCUAUUUGUUCUAGGUGUAGUGCGAGGGGGAUUUCAGUAGUGAAACUGUGUACACUAAAUUACCACUUCUGAUAGAAAUUACCACAAAUUACCAAUAAUUUCCUCCAAAUUACCACUUUUUUUCUCUAUUACCUCUCAUUGCCUCAGGAAUUACCACUCAAUGCCACUCAAAUUACCACUUAUUACCACUAAUUUCCUUUAAAUACCACUAAUUACCACUCUCAUUACCACUAAUUGCCACUGAAAUUACCACUAAAUACCACAAAUCUAUUUUAAUUUUCAAGUAUACCUGAUAUUUAGAACUCAAUAACAUGUUGCUAAGUAGGUACAUGAUAAUAAUAACACUAUGUAAAUUUUUAUACGUCUUUAUGGUAUUGAAAAAUAUAAUUGUGUACCUACAUUAAAGAGGGGGUGUGACCCUAAAAAACGACAUAAGCUACCUAAAUCAAGAAAAAAAUUCUAAGAUCUCUCGUGAAAACCGCAGUCCUAUAUUCGAAAUAGUCUCCGAGAAAAUUCCUUAUGAAGAUCCAGGAGCUUGUGAUGUCACAACCGCCGAAAUCGGAGUCUUCUGUUUGUUCAGUCGUCAGUGAACCGUACCUAUACUUUGAGUGGUUUCAAUUCGCCCUAGGAGAUAAUUUAUUUUGUUUUGGGAAAGUUUUAUACGUGCUAAUACUGUCCCUGAUAAUCCAGUGUGACAUCACAAACACCUAUUUGUAACUUUAAACCGUCAUAACUCGAAAACGGACCAUCGUAGCAAAAUGCGGUUUGAAUACUUAUUCUUAGAUUUUUUUGUACUAAAACUUUCAUUUUUGGGUCACACCCCCUUUAAGCUGCGUAGGUAUUAUUGGGGGUAUUAUUUUAGCGACCUUGCUUCUAAAAUAAUAUGUAAUAAUUGGGUAGUGGAGAAAACUUCCUAAAUAUCCUAUUUAUUACCUUAUAUUUCGAUACCUAUAACAAAGUGGCGACAAGAAAAAAAUAGUUAUUUACAUUACAAGUGCGUUUAUGAACAUAAUUACAAUAACGAGUGUGAAAGAUUCUAAUCACACGAGUUUUGUAGUCAUGUUUAAACGCACGUGUGAUGUACAACUUUUUAUCUACAAAUGGAAAAAUAAGAAUUUUUUUUUCAACCAUUAUCCUUUAUUAGUCGUUGUAUACCUUCAUUUUACCUCUACAGGUUUAAUUUUGACAUUUGUCAAAUCACCAAAAAUAGUUGUGUUAUGAAUUCAUAACCUUGUCCAUAACACCACUAGUUGUGUUAUGAAUUCAUAACCUAGUCCAUAACACAACUAGUUGUGUUAUGAGCCUCAUGACAUAACGCAAAUACUGGAAAAAUAGUUUUGUAAAAACGUCAUAGCCAAACGCUUGUAGAUAAAAAAAUUAUAUCAGAGUUCGAAAAAAAAUUAGAAUAAGUGCAUAAAAAAAAAAAAACUUUAGUCAUCAUUACUUUCUCUAAAAAAACACUUUUUCAUUCUUAUAUUGAAAUCAAAUCCAUGAAAAAACUGUUGUGCAAUAAAAAAAAUUAAUAAGUAAGUAAAUUAUUUCAUAACAUUAUCUCGACUAGACUUGGGAAUAUGAAAUUUAAGGGAUAUUAAAAAAAAAUAAUUCAACAUCACUUUCCAGUUUUGACAAUAGUUUAUCUCACUUGCACCAUGAGUUAAACAGAGGUUUAAAUUUUAACAAAGGUUUUUUUUUCGUAACUGACUUGCACCGCAAGUUAAUCCUUGUUUAAGUAGGUACCUCUAAGCUGCUGUUAAAAUAAACCCCCAAUUUUGGUGGUUUAAAAUCACAGUUAAUGAUUUUCGGGUCUAGUGCCGUCCAAAUAAAAACGGCUUUUAUACAGGGUGCCCCACGACGUUUCUGCCAGGUAAUAACUAACGGAACGCGUCAUCCAAUAUAAUUGAAAAUUUGAGGAUCUGGGUAACUUUUUGAGCCGCUUCUACCAUUUUCGUCCAAUUUCACCAGUUUCGCUUCAAUUUCGAUCAAGUGACGUCAUCUUUCGAAUUUUAAAUGUAACUUAUGGUAUAUUAUGGCCUUUUUCGUUAGAAAAUUAGAUUACAAAAUCGGCAAUGUCAUAUUUGUUAAGGCUUUGUUAAAGAAAAUGAUAAAAAAUUAUACAAUGGAAGAUAUGAUGAUGCGUUCCGAAGUUAACAUUUGGGACAAACCUCGUGGAACACCCUGUAUAUAUAUAUAUAUAUUUUUUUUUUUGGGAAAAAUUCCAUCAAACAGAAACGUUUAAGCUAUUGAUGCGCAAAAUGCAUAUUUUCCAUCAGAAAAUUUCAAUCAAAAUUGAACACCUUUCAAAAAUCAACUACGAAAAUUCCCUACCAAUUUGAGACCAAAUAAAUUGGUUGAUAUAAUCCACAAGAAAGGGAGGCUGCAUUACUCCUAACCUCCUUAAGUACCUAUUAUUGCUUGAAAAACGACCAAUAACUUUCAACGUUGUUAGUAAGAACACGAGUACAAACUCCAAGUUAUGGGAUCUUGAAAUUUAAAUUAUUCUUUGGUCUUCGAUUGCUCGCUCCGCUCGCCAAAUCUCAAAGAGAAGAUCCUUGGAAAUGUAAAUCUACCAAAAAACGUAAACGAUUGGAACCGAGUUCGGAAUCAAGAUCAACAGCGACUUCAGAACAUUUGGACUUUAUUUCGGAUUCCAUCUAGAAGACGAAAAUAUGAAAAAAAUACGAAAUUUUACACGCCUUUGCAGUCAAAAUUAAUACAUACACCUCAAAAGUCUGUAAAGCUCUUCACGAAUAUUUGCGUAUUUGGCUCGGUAUUUGACAUCCAUCUCGGAUAGGUGAAAAUCUAGAAAAUUGAAACUAGAGAAACAGAGAGACGAGAACACAUAAACAGCCAAAUAUUUGUAGCUAUUUGCCGAAGGUGUGAUGGAGGCCUAAUAUAACAAGAAUGCAUUCUCUCUACUUUUUCUUUCAGAUUUAGAAACACUGAAGCACAAAACUGGACCUCAAAUGAAACGAGGCCUUGAAAGUUUCAAAAUGAGUAGUAAAAACGAUGCUCAUAGAUGAUGUCGAACCAAGUGUUGAACUAUUGCAAGGUUGCCACUUCUCAUGAAAUGAAACCUCAAAUGAAACAUUCUUUAGAAAAUAAAAGUUGAUGUUUCUAACUGACCAAUAGGGACUCAGAAGAAUAUUUUACUUAAAGCUUAGUUGAAUAGUUUAGUUGAAGCUCUGUUACUCCUAAAUUAAAGCAAAUUCAAAGGCAUAUCAUAAUUUUAUCACUACAGAACUUCGAGUUAUUACCUCAAAAUUUCCUUAAAUUACCCCAAAAAUUUCCUUAAAUUGCCUUAAAUUACCAAAAAUUUCCCCGAAUUACCACUAUAUUUCCACUAAUUACCAUAUAUUUCCACUCAAUACCACUAUAUUUCCCCUAAUUUCCAGUCAUUACCACUCAUUUCCCAUAAAAUUUCCACUAAUUACCACUAUUGUGUACACUAAAUUACCACAAUGAAAUCCCCCUCGGUGUAGUGUGUUAAAUAUGUCAUUAAUAAUUUAAUUAUUUCAAUUUACUUUGGUUGGUUGCGGUGGGUGGCCCUUGAUAAACGCGAUUCAUUGUCACAAUUUUUUUUUAUUUUGUAGAUAUGUUUACUCACUCCUAGUGCAAUCUCAUAAUAUUGUUUUUUUUUUUUUUAAUUUACGGCAUGGCCGCGUUUUUAUUGAGAUUUUGAUUUGAUGAAAAAGCACAAAAUGAUGCCAGUUUAAACAAAAAUAAUUCUUCCAGGCGAUUUGAGAGAACUUCUUUUUGUUGAAUCGAAUUCAAACUGCAAUAGAUGAUAUAAUAAAAUAAUAACAUGUUGUUCAAGUUGAUGAAAAAGUUUUGAUACGUAAUAAUAAUAAGAGUAUUUUUCCUUCAAAUAUCAGAAAAUCUAACAUUUUCCUGCUAAUUUUUUGCUGAUGAAGUUUGACUUUUAACUUUUGUAUCGGCUGAUGGUCAUGUGGGCAACGGAAGUAAAUGUACUCACAGUCGCUGGGAGCGGUGAUGAAAGUACUUUUCUCUUUGGACAUUAAAUAAUACAUUCAUUCUUGCUCGAUAUUAAACUGAUAAUGAUACGAAUUCUAGACCCCGUGAAUUCUAAACUGGAAUCCACGGCCUAUCGACCAAUCAAAUUCAAAGCAUCUUCAGAAUACACGGGCCGCAACAAGACAAUACAAAAAUAGCAUGACUGACGUCUACUGUUAGAUCACGAAACUUUCGUUUUCAAUCGACUUUUGAUAGACGUCAUUUCUUACAAAAACUAAUGAUUUUCUUUCAAAUAGUUCAAAGAGAAACUAUAGUCUUCUACUCGCAAAUAAUGGCUGUUAUAUGCUUGUUGAAGAAUAUACUAUUACUGCCUCCGCUGUAAGUACGCAUAUAUUUUUUGCUAUGAUCGUGAGAUGCUCACAAUGCUUUUAAUGAAGAAAACUUUAGAUGUUUUUAUUUAUAUUUCAAUAUCUAAUAAAGGUUUGCAGAAAAGAUAUACAUAGUGUUUCGUUUGGAGUAAAAGCUACUUCUGCUCCUAAUCAAGCAUCAUAUUAUUAUAUCAAUAAUUAGAUGUCUUUUUAUAUUUUGACCUUUUUUUCAGACCUUUUUUAUCUCAUAAUAUUAAUUGCUCCAUAUCAAUAUGUCUUCUUCAAACCUUCAUCAACUAGCUGUUUAAUGGCCGUUUGCACCGACCAUUUCAAGGGAGGUUUAACGAUAAUCAACACUCAAAGUGACACUUUUACAUGUGAAAAUGUCACUUUAAGCGUUGAUUAUCUUUAAACCUCUCUCAAAAUGGUCGGUGCAAACGGCCAUAAGCUACGUGUUCUACUUUGUUUUGUUUUUAUGGUUGCCUAUUGAUAGAGCAAACACAAAAAUUGUAAAUAGGCUAGAUCUGACUUGCAUCAACAACCAGCUGCCGGCACGACCGAUUCACCAUCAAUAGGGUAUGCAGCCGCUAACAAGCAUUAUAAAACUCUUUAUUUUAAUAUGAUAACAAAUAUAGUAGCUUAAAACUAUUUUUGGUGAUUGAUCAAAUGUAUUGUUCAUCAACAUGAACUGCACGUUUGUAAAAUCUCAUGUACACUCCUUGAUUGAAAAAUCAUCAUAGGCGUUUCUUGGGCUUUCAGUAAAAGAGAAUUGCGAACUUUAUCACCUUGAAUAUUCUAACCAAAACAUGCUUAUAUAAAUUUUCUAUGAAACCGGCUAAAAUGGGUGUAUUUUAUUUUAUUUUUUUCAUACCUACACACACUGUUUUUGUAGUUUGAAUUCAAUAAUUAGAAAAAAAAAAGAAUUUCUAUUGAAAAGCUGAAAGAAUAGAAUGUUAUGUUAUUUUAUUUAUUUUAAAUUGUGUCUUUUUUUGGUGAAACAAAAUCCCAAGAAAUGUCACACCCUAAAUAAAUGGAAUAUAUGUGGUUUCAGAAUGUUCUUAGAUUUUAUCGAGAUUUCCUUUACAUACGACAUAUUGUUGAAGUUAUUUAGUAUCCAAUAGGUUAGUUCUCACACAUCCACCAACCUUUAGGAUCCUUUAGAGGUUUCCGACUGUUCAAAACCCCACAUGUUGCUGAUAGUUUGCUGAAUGUGCAAAAAGUUUGCAAGUGAAUGUCACAGGUUUAGGCAAAUAAGUGGUUCGAAAACUAUCAGCAACAUGCUGCAAAUUCUCUUUAAGAACAAUCCUAUAAGGUUUGUAGAUUUGAAAUAACAUUUCGCAUAGCUUCAUUAUAUGUGUGCCCAUCCUAAAUGUAAUACUAUUUUUGAUUAAUUAGCAUAGGGAUAAAAAAAUAUAAUUUAAAUUUUUCUUAAGUGUAGUUUCGUAUACAUAAUACUUUUUACACUAAGCAUUUAUAAAUAAGUAAGAAAGUAUAAUAGUUGUUAUACGGCUGAAAAUGGGUUGUCUAAAUAGAUGAUUAGCUAAGUAA